UGUGCUGCUCCGUGCCGUUCAUAGACAGAGGUGCAGUCGCUCUAUUAUUGAGCGCACUUCCAUUCCUCAGUGCGAGUGUGCGCUAACUCGGCAACCAUGGUGUAUGGGAAAAGCGACAGCUACCGCGUGGCAAACAGUCACGAAGAUGGCGAAGUACGGGACAAGUCCAGAGCCGGAAAGAAGAGGUCCAAGAAAGAAAAGAUGGACGAUCUUAAGAAAGAGUUAUCUAUGGACGAACACAAGAUUCCCAUUGAAGACCUCUAUGCACGCCUUGGGACGAAUCCAGCAACAGGUCUUACUUCAAGACAGGCUAAAGACAUCCUUGCAAGAGAUGGUCCCAAUGCCCUUUCUCCGCCCAAGACAACGCCAGAAUGGGUUAAAUUCUGCAAGCAGCUCUUCGGGGGAUUCGCAUUACUACUGUGGAUUGGUGCUGUACUCUGCUUCAUUGCGUACGCCAUCCAGGCAACUUCUAUGGAAGACGUAGUAGACGAUAACUUGUACCUAGGUGCCGUGUUGGCUGGCGUAGUUAUUAUCACCGGCUGCUUCUCUUACUACCAAGAAGCCAGGAGCUCAAAAAUUAUGGAGUCGUUCAAAAACAUGGUACCACAGUAUGCCGUGGUGACUCGUGACGGCCAGAAACAUACAAUCCCUGCGGAAGAAGUAGUGGUGGGCGAUAUCGUCGAUGUCAAGGGAGGCGACAGAAUUCCUGCGGACAUUCGCGUCACGCUUGCGCAGGGAUUCAAAGUAGACAAUUCCUCGCUCACUGGAGAGUCGGAAGCCCAAACACGCUCACCCGAGUACUCCCACGAAAAUCCUGUGGAAACGAAGAACUUGGCUUUCUUUUCCACUAACUGCGUAGAAGGCACUGGCACGGGUGUUGUUGUCAACACGGGAGACCGGACCGUUAUGGGACGUAUUGCAAACCUGGCAUCUGGACUGGAGAUGGGCGAGACACCAAUCGCGCGCGAAAUUGAGCACUUCAUUCACCUGAUCACUGGCGUGGCUGUCUUCCUCGGCGUUACUUUCUUCAUCAUUGCUUUCAUCUUGGGAUACAACUGGUUGGAUGCCGUCAUCUUCCUUAUUGGUAUCAUUGUGGCCAACGUCCCGGAAGGUUUGCUGGCAACCGUGACGGUAUGCUUGACACUGACUGCGAAACGUAUGGCUGCUAAGAACUGUCUCGUGAAAAACUUGGAGGCUGUAGAAACCUUGGGAUCGACUUCAACCAUUUGCUCCGACAAAACCGGUACUCUGACACAGAACCGUAUGACAGUGGCACAUAUGUGGUUCAACAACCAGGUCAUCGAAGCUGAUACUACAGAAGACCAGUCAGGUGCUCAAUAUGACAAGACGACUGAUGAGUGGAAGGCGCUAUCGCGUUGCUGCAGCCUGUGCAGCCGUGCGGAGUUUAAGGCCGGCCAAGAAAGCAUACCAAUUCUCAAACGUGACUGUGCCGGCGAUGCUUCCGAAUCGGCUAUCCUGAAAUGUAUGGAGCUAGCUCUCGGGAAUGUCAUGGCCUUCAGGAAAAGGAAUCCCAAAGUUUGCGAGGUUCCGUUCAACUCAACAAACAAGUAUCAUGUAACGAUACACAAAACAGAGGAUCCAAGCGACCCGCGAUAUCUGAUCUGCAUGAAGGGAGCUCCUGAAAGAAUUUUGGAACGCUGCUCCACUAUCUACCUUGGCGGGAAAGACGUACCUAUGGAUGAUCAAAUGAGGGAAGCUUUUAACAACGCGUACAUGGAACUUGGAGGCCUCGGCGAACGUGUCAUUGGUUUCUGCGACUACCUGCUCCCAGCAGACGAGUUCCCUGUCGGCUAUCCUUUUGAUGCAGACGAAGAAAACUUUCCUUUGACCGGACUCCGAUUCCUAGGCCUCGUCUCAAUGAUUGAUCCUCCACGUGCCGCCGUGCCUGACGCAGUAGCCAAGUGUCGAAGUGCUGGAAUCAAGGUCAUCAUGGUUACGGGCGACCAUCCCAUCACUGCUAAAGCCAUUGCCAGGGCGGUAGGAAUUAUCUCAGAAGGAAAUGAGACUGUCGAAGACAUCGCCGAGAGACGAUGUGUUGCUGUAAGCCAAGUGAACCCAAGAGAAGCCAAAGCUACAGUGGUUCACGGGUCUGACUUGAGAGACAUUAGCCCCGAAGACCUCGACGACAUCCUUCGGCAUCACUCUGAGAUUGUGUUUGCUCGCACAUCUCCCCAACAAAAACUGAUCAUCGUAGAAGGUUGCCAACGUCUAGGAGCCAUCGUAGCCGUCACAGGGGACGGUGUCAAUGACUCUCCCGCGCUGAAGAAAGCGGACAUUGGUGUGGCUAUGGGCAUCGCUGGAAGUGAUGUCAGUAAACAAGCUGCCGACAUGAUCCUGCUAGACGACAACUUUGCUUCCAUCGUCACGGGUGUCGAAGAAGGACGACUCAUCUUCGACAACCUGAAGAAGUCCAUCGCAUACACUCUCACCAGUAACAUCCCUGAAAUCAGUCCCUUCCUGAUAUUCAUCCUGGCGGACGUUCCCUUGCCUCUGGGCACCGUUACCAUCUUGUGCAUUGAUUUAGGAACUGACAUGGUCCCAGCCAUUUCUCUCGCAUACGAACAAGCUGAAAGCGACAUCAUGAAGCGUCAACCUCGAGACCCAAUUCACGACAAAUUAGUAAACGAGAGGCUAAUUUCUAUGUCUUAUGGACAAAUUGGCAUGAUGCAAGCGUCGGCUGGGUUCUUCACUUAUUUUGUCAUUAUGGGUGAGAGUGGCUUCUGGCCUCAAAGACUGCUUGGUAUACGCAAAGACUGGGACUCCAAGGCCGUCAACGAUUUGAUGGAUUCAUACGGGCAAGAAUGGACAUACAACUGCAGAAAGGUCCUGGAACACACCUGUCACACCGCAUUUUUCGUCUCCAUCGUCAUUGUCCAAUGGACCGACCUGAUCAUUUGCAAAACCCGAAAGAACUCUCUCAUCCACCAAGGCAUGACGAACCACAUUCUGAACUUUGGACUUGUGUUUGAGACGUCCCUUGCUGCAUUCCUUUCAUACUGCCCAGGCAUGGACAAAGGUCUCAGGAUGUAUCCUCUCAAAAUUAAUUGGUGGCUACCAGCCAUGCCAUUCAUGGUGUUGAUCAUCGUCUACGAUGAAUGCCGUCGCUUCUUACUCCGUCGUAACCCUGGCGGAUGGAUCGAACAAGAAACUUACUACUAACAUCAUCGAGAACAUAGUCGCACAUAUAGUCACGUUGACUUUAUUUCACCACCCUUUUCUUUGUUUCCCAUAGCUGAGAGCAUUCAAUUUUGCUUAGGUCUAAUCGAGCUCGAAAUGCGUUGGAUCUUCAGAGUCCGCGAGAUAGAUAUGAAACUACACCGCGAGAAAUUUUUGAUGCUUUGAUUUCCCUUCACUGCCUUUUCCUCAAUCGCAUCAUAAAUUCAUCAUCAUCUAGUUCGUUGAAAUAUGCAGAGUACAGGAGUGCUCGCCCCAAAUUAUCUCCGUUGAUGUUUAUAUUUAUGCAGACAAAAAGUAAACUGCCCUCGCAAUAACCGGCAUAUCGGUGGCACACUAACGCUGUAUUACAACUCACCUGUGUACAGUUUCGAAGUCUAUAAUGGCUCGAAGGAGAGUUACACCGUACAUUGAGGAGAGCGGAUAUUCAGGACGCGUGCAUGUUUCCAGGAGCCGGAGAAGUUCCUCAGGAUAUUGUGCACGUAUUCACGAAAACGACAAGAAUCAUCAGUUGCUUUUACUGCGGAGCCCGAUGAGACAUCGAACGUCGGUGUUGGUGCUGAAAUAUGAUUCGAUAAGUUAUGAUUGGGUUAAUAUGCUGAAUGUGAUAUCCCAUCAGCAAAUUCGAUUCGGAAAGUGGUUACUACUUAUAAGUUUUACAUUCAUAAAAAGUCAGUGAGAACGUAACACAUGAGUCAGACAUAAAAGUUCGGAGAAGUCUACAUUAUUUGCUAUUGUCUCUCGUUGUGCCAUGGUAUAGAAUUGUGCUUCCCGGAAUGACAUUACAUGAUGUACACAGAUAGCGAGUAAUAAAAUGGAAUACUGACAAUUA